UUUACGGAAGUGGUGAUGAGGCUAUUUUUAUCUCUGAUCAAUUCUCAAUUCCGACAUGCUUUUAUUUAUCGGGUGGUUGUAAACUGUAAGUUGACGUGAUGUGCAGAUAUCCACAGCUUUCAGAAAUCCAAAGAUAGAUUUGGCAGUUCGCAUAAAAUUGUUGGUAAAUUAUAAGAAGUUAUACAAAUGAUGGAGGCAAUUCAGAGGUUGGCUAGGUCGCUUCGAAAUGCUCGUACAGUCGAUCUUCCAAAAGAUUCUAAGGCAGCAGCAAUGGUUCUUAUGCCUAUGAUAAUAAAUAACCAACAUAGGUCUGUUUCUGAUCUUCUUAGUGGUUCCAGUUUUGAUGUCAAUUUUGUGUUUGGUAGAGCACAACGAAAUCUUCUACAUAUUGCUGCAAACUGUGGUAGCUAUGAAGUUCUUUGUAUUCUUUUGAAAAAAGGUGCAUCACCCAAUGUACAAGAUAUAGCCGGCUGUACUCCACUACAUCUAGCUGCUAGAAAUGGGAAGAAGAGAUGCAUGACCAAGUUAUUAGAGUACAAGGCUGAUGUAAAUAUAUGCAACAAUGAAGGCCUAACUAUGAUUCAUUGGCUAGCUGUAAAUGGUCGCUCUGAAGCUCUGAAUGAUGUUUUUCAAUAUGUGACGAAUGUAGAUGUUGAGGAUGGACAAGGACAAACAGCACUACAUGUUGCAUCUCAAAAUGGUCACAAAUCGACUGUAGCAUGCUUGUUAGCCCAUGGUGCUCAAGUUGAUAAAAUAAAUUCUGUUGGUCAAACACCCUUGUACUUUGCAAGCAGCCAUGGCCAAGUAGAAGCAGUUCGUCUGCUGUUAGAUAAAGGUGCAAAACAUUUCUCAGAUGAAUCUGGUUUCACUCCACUGUUGAAGGCAGCUCAGGGGGGCUACACUAAUGUAUGCAGCUUGCUUCUUAAGGCCUUCACUAAACUAUGGCCUCAUUUGAUCCAAUUUAGCUUAAAUGAAAAAGUUGAUGAGGCAAAGUUGUACACAGUGUAUAGUAAACUGUGUGAAGAAAGUUGUCAACAGAAAACUUACAUCCUAGAGGGACUUGCAGACCUUGCCUCAACAACAGGACACAAGCUUCUUAGCCAUUCCAGUAGCGUUGAAAUGCAGGUGAGUGGAAUGAAUCGGUGUGUACGCCUUCUCAGUAAACUCUACAAGAAAUAUUUCUCCGAUGAAGGUCUUUGCAACACAGUCAAGUAUUCCCCACCUUCGACAAUAUUCCAGCCAUUGGAAGCACUUUGGAAUACACUAGAGCAGUGGCUUCUUCUGAUGGCCAGUGAACUUAAAAAACUACCUCUCCAGAACACAGAAACUCAUUCUUGUAUCACAUCAAAUGUCUCUGGUAUUCCUUCAGAAGAGAAACAAGAUAUUGUAGGUAAGAAGACAACAGAAUGCAGCAACCACAUUCAAAAAUCCGAUGAUGGUUAUUGUAAAGUUGAAAAGGAUCAUAAACCAGAAGAUGAUUGUUUAAAACUAGGCACAAAAUCUGAUGUAAAGACAGGCACAUCUGGUGAAUUUGACAUCAUUCUCAAAGAAGGAAGUCUGGAUGAUAAGAAGAUCAUAGAGCUCUCCAGAAAAUCAAUAAUACGGUCUCUGUCCUCAGAUACUGUGAAGGAAAGCGAGACUUUACUAAUUACUUCUGAUCGUGUUUGUGCUGUGAUACAGGCCUUCUAUACCACCUGCUCCACUCAAAUGAGACAGAGUAUGACUCCUCCUCGAUUUAUAGAGUUCGUCUGUCGACAUGAUGCUGUUUUGAAAUUCUUUGUUACAAAAAAUCCUAAAGUAAUUUUUAAUUACUUUAAUUUUCUGUUGGAGUGUCCCGAGUUGAUGGCACGUUUCCUCACAAUAAUCCAAGCCCAGCCUUUCAGCGACCGAGUUGAUUGGUUUUACGAGAACCUCCGCACCAGGGAAGAAGAGGAAUCAAUUAAUCGGCCCCCAACUGACAUUAUUUAUGUUAAAAGGGAUGACCUUUUUACAAGUAGUUGUAGUGAAGUUAAGAAGGCCGGCACCAAGAAUUUGAAGAAAUCCAUCGCAGUCAACUUCUCUGGAGAGAUGGGAGUUGGGCAAGGACUUGUGCGUGAAUGGUUCGACAUACUAUCAAAAGAAAUUCUCAAUCCUGACUAUGCACUCUUCACCCCUUCAGCAGAUGGUGCUACCUUUCAGCCUAACAGUAACUCAUCUGUGAAUCCAGAUCACUUGAAUUUCUUUCAUUUUGCUGGAUAUGUGUUGGGUUUGGCACUUUAUCACCAUCAGCUUAUUGAUGCCUACUUCACACGAUCUUUCUACAAGCAUCUUCUGGGUAUUCCGGUGAACUAUAAGGAUGUAGGUUCUCUUGACCCAGAAUAUGCCAAAAAUCUUCAGUGGAUACUUGAUAACAACAUUGACAAUAUUGGAUUAGAGCUUACCUUCUCAGUGCAGACAGAUGCAUUUGGUGUACUUCAAGAAGUAGAACUAAAGCCCGGAGGAAGCAGUAUAACUGUGACAAACUCUAACAAGCAAGAGUACGUCCAGCUUGUUACUGAACUCCGCAUGACUAGAGCCAUCCAACCACAGAUUGACAGCUUCCUGAAAGGCUUCAGUGAAUUCAUCUCACCACCUCUACUCCAGUUAUUCAAUGAGUAUGAAUUGGAAUUGUUACUUUCUGGACUACCAUCAAUUGAUGUAGAUGACUGGAAGGCUAACACAGUUUACAAUGAUCAAUUUGACACAACCAGCGAUGUAGUCAAGUGGUUUUGGGAGGUUGUUUCUGAAAUGUCACCAGAAGAACGUGUUCUUCUUUUGCAGUUUUCUACAGGGAGCUCACGUGUACCGCAUGGUGGAUUUUCACAUCUCAUCGGAGGGAGUGGAAUUACUAAAUUCAACAUCUCUGCUAUGAACUAUCAGUUUAACGUCCUUCCUACCACAAGCACAUGUGUGAACAUGUUGAAGCUACCAGAAUACAAGAGUAAAGAAGAGCUGAAGGAUCGCCUGCUUGUUGCUCUUCGUUGUGGAAGUCAGGGAUAUGGCAUGGCUUAAUGCCUUCAAGUUGACACCAUUAAAAAUUAUUAUUCGUGUUGGACAUACACUUACCAUUCAUUCCAAGUAGCCUUGAUAACCAGUGAUGUAGUCUAUUAGAGCCACUCUCUUAACCAAGGCUGUAAUUCACUAUUAUUUCUUUGUAUUCUAUAUGACUAUAUGGUAAUAUUGACUAGGUCAAUUACAGGUCUCCCUCAAAUUAAAGGCCACUUCUAGGACUUUGGUUUCUAAUUAGAAUAGUAAAGAAAAAAGACAGUUGUUAAUUUGGGACCGCAGAAAAGUGGUCUGUAAUUGAAGGUGGUCUUUAUUUGGAGGGGUCUUUAAGGAAAGAGAGACCUGUACUAGUGUACCACUAUAGAAAGGGAGGUGGGAUUACCUUGUAGCCACUUCUCCUAGACCAGCAGAUUGUAAGUGGCUGUUUGUCAAUGUUUGACAAAUCAAAAUGUAGGCCUAUAUACCAUACAGUAAUGGAUUCUUCUUUCCUAUCAAUCUCCACUGCUUUAGGCAAUGGUUUGCUGCCCUCUAGUGUCUUCAGUUAAGACUGAAUACAUAUAUAAUGUUUAAUGAUUAUACAGUAGUUAAUUAGUUUUGAAGACUUUCAUAAUUUGAUAGCAGCCAGGUUUGUCUGUAUCUUGAAGUGUUAAAUAUUGAGUUUUAUAGAGUUAUAUAUUAGAUAAAUUUAUACAAGUGUAAUAGAAAUGCAGUCAGUGAUAGUGUAAUAAAAUAAAAUGGAUAUAUAUUUAUAUGUUAGACAGUAAACCAAGUACAGUACUGCUGAAAACGACUAUGGACUCUGGAGAUGCAAAGGUGCCCGUGGCGCUUCGGUUGUGGCUCGAAACUCUUGCUGUGCAAGUCGCUUGUGUCCUUGGGCAAGGCACUUUAUCUACGGUUGUCUCUUUCCACCCAGGACUACAAGUGGGUACCUGGUAGGUUCAAACACAACCAACCAUGCGCUGAUUACAGCUGCAACAUUAUGGGGCAUGAGUGUUGCGUUCCAUGUCCUUGAUCCAGUGACAGGGGGUAAUAAUGUAAAGCGCAUUAGUCGACAAUUAUUAUUAUUUAUGUCGUCACCAUAUAGCUACAGCCUUUUUAAAUGUUUAGUUGUCAAAUUUUAACCAUUAGAGAAUUGGAAAUAGAUGGAUUUUUUCCUGUUGUUUAUACCCUGGUGCCCGAGCCUUUUACUGGGUUUGUGUUUUAAGUGACAAGGUGUAAGGUGUGCGGUAGGCGAAGCCCCUGGAACGUAUGACCUUUUAGGUUUUAAAACAAAUAUUAGCCAAUAUUCUGUGGAGGAAAAUAUUUUAUGAAUGGAAUGUAGGGGCUCAGAGGGGUAGAGUGACAGGGCAGGAGGGUUUAUAAUAAUAUAAAUAAUAAUUCCAUUCUUCUGUAGUGCAUUCCGCAACAACAAGUUGUAAUGCGCUUUACAUCAAGAAAAGAUAAACAAGCAGUAAAUAAUUUUGACUUAAAAUAUGGUACUUAAACUAAAAACAGUUCCAAAAGUGCAUGUGCAGAUCAGUAUAAGUACUCCGUUAGUCCUCUACUACCAUGCACUGCGAAAGACAACGACGUCGUCUCGAGUAAGGAACAGGAGGGACCCAGCUCUAGACACCCGACAAAAGACAGCACAUCCAUCGGCAAUAAAAACCUCUCCAGAUGAAAAAAUAUAUAUUCGUUCAAUGCAGAAGACACUUUAUUUAAUUUAUCACAUCAGUGGUCUGAGUGCCUAUAGGGACCUUGUUUGCUCUUCUUUUGGUGCUGCUGACUAUACACGUUUUAUUUAUUUCUUUUUCUUGUAAGUCAAGUACUGUAGUAUUUGUUUUAUUAACAUAAUUUAUUGCUGUCUUUCAUGGCAACAAUGUGUUGUAUAUUUUUUGCGUGUUAAUGACUUAGAAAGUUCUCUAAAGAGGGUGCACUGUAUAAUUAACUAGCUGAAACACUAGCAAAGUGAAAUUGUCUCCUUUCAUAAGUUUAUACUGUAUAAAAUGUACGUUACAAUAACAAUAGUGCCAAUUGAGACAAUGGUAUAUAAACAGUAUUUUUAUUCUCAUUACAUAUUUAUGUGUCUUAUUAAAAUUCAUACACACUUCUCAUAAUAUUUUGUCUUAAUAAAAUUUAUACACAAUUUUCAUUUUUUUUUCAUUAAACAUCAAAUAUAGUUUUAAAAUGUAUCAAUGAAUAUUCAUAAUCAUAUAAAUGUAAGCAAUAAAUAUUAAAUUCAUACAUUUAAACAAAAUCAAUUAGUUGCCACUAUAUAAGCCACUGUAACACCUUAAUUGUCAUAUUUUCGGGGCUUCGCCCUUGGACCACUUUCUAUGGUUUUGAGCGACGCCCGACCACGACUACUUCCCCUCGUCGCGGAACAGGCUUCUAAUUCAACUUCAGUCAUUUAGGAAUAAUAUUCUUGCAAAGACAACUGGGCAGAAAUCCAAUAUUGGUAAAAAUAGAACUUAAGACAGCUGAUGAAAGUGAUAACACGCCUAUUGCGAGGAUAAGUUUACUUAGGCCUACCUAACAAAAGAUAAAAAAAAAAUACAUACAAAAUAAUAUGAAGCAAAUAGACACUGCUUAUAAUAAGAAUAAUAAAUUAAAUGCUAAUAAUAAUAUCCAUGUAAAUUAUUAGAUAAGGCUAUUCAAUAUCUGAAGGCAAUGAAUGAGACGUAAAGUCAAUGUGACUUCAGAGUAGGCCUACCUGGUUGAUAAAUAAUACGUUCUUCUAACCGUUAGGAUUAGUUCAGAUGAGUUGCAAUGCUCAAUACCAGUUAGACCUUCUAUGCAUUUUAACGUCAUAUGAUUAUCGUUGAAGUGUAGAGCUAUAAGAAGACUGGUGCGUUGAGGGUGAUGGAGCGCAAAUGCUCUACAAAUAUAUCUCUGAGUCUUUUUUUGCUUUCUCUUAUGUAUAUCUUUUGUCACUUAAAAAAAAAUAACAUAAAAUUACACUCCUGGAAAUACAAGUAAACGUGUCUUGAAUUCUAAACAUAUUUAGUAAUCCUUCAAUAUUAUCAGGCCUACAUACGACAUGAUUAGACGUUUACACUAUGUAUGUGCAUGCCACAUUCUCUCGUGCCAAUAUCUUGAUCUGGCGAUGGCAAUGAGUAGGUAUAUAUAUGAUCCAUUUCUUUGAAAUAACCAUCUUUUCUGUGUAGUGCUGGCCAAUACAAUGGAUAGUUUAUUUGACUAGUCUCUGCAAUUAACACCCUUGGUUCUUUAUUAUUGUAGAUA